AUGUAUCAGUUUAUUUUUAAUAUUCUUGUUUUCAAUUUCUUCCUACUGGUUAUUGUCAGUGCAUCAGAUGAAUACAAUCAUCAACAAGCAAGACAAAUCGGCCGAGGACUACUCGUUGACCAACGUGCUGAAACGCUCAACAUUAAAAAGUCUGGCACGGCUACAGCUCCGAUUAUAGUUGAAGGUAAUGGUGAGACGAUCACUGGUUUCGAUCCAAUGCCUUUCACAUUCGAUGGUAAUGUUUGGAUGUACACACUUUUAAAACCAUUCGAGACAGCACCAGCUGUUAUUACAUGGUAUGGACGACGUAUCCUUCAAGAUCAAAACGCUGGUGAAUUUAUUGGACCAAUCAAAUUACGAACGGAUGGAAAAACUCUCGAACUUACUUCUGGUACGUCAGCGGAAGGUUGGGAAAUCUCUGCUCGUCUUUUUGUUGUCGCUCUUAAUGGCGUUUCCCAUCAUAUCUAUCGCAAUAUAAUUGCCACCGGUAGUCUCGGUGACGGUUUUAAUCUUCACGGAGAUGGUAAUAACAUCAUAUUCGAGAAUAUCGCUGGUUACAACAAUCUUGACGAAGGUUUCUCUUCACACGAAACGAUCUCUUGUACGAUUACUAAUGGGCGUUUCUGGGCUAAUGACAACGGUAUUGCCAAUGUUCAUAAUAGUGUGACAAACAUCACUAAUACUAUGAUACAUGAUAAUGUUGGCUAUGGUCUGUGGCUUCCUGACAAUACCACAAGCAACUUAGUUGAUGUUCGUGUCUGGAAUAAUGGUGCUGCUCAGUUUCGUGUCAAUGGUCGUGCAACAGGUACAGCUACUCGAGUUUCUGUAUGGAAAUCAUCAUGGAGUUCACCACCUUGGCGUCGUUACAUGGAAUCUAAAGCCAUUAAGAAUACGACAACAGUAGAUGGUAAUGCCGCUUACACAUCAGUUCCGUUUUGGACGGGAAAACCCGAAAUCAUGAAUGUAUCCGCUAUGCUUAUCCCCAUCAAUCCAACAGCGAAUAGCACUGUACCUAGCAUCGCAGUCUUGAUUCAGAACGCUAUUACAACUGGCCGUUCAUUUGUAGUUCUCCCAGCAGGAAUUCAUCGCCUCACAGAUCAAAUAAACAUUCGUAAUGCCACUAAUCUCGAAGUUGACGGUACUGGCACGACUCUAAUUAUAACUAACCGUAAACGCAGUAUUCUAUCUAUUUCAAAAGCGAAUAAUUUAGUCAUUAGAGGUUUAACAUUCGAUUAUGAUCCACUUCCCUUUACUCAAGGCACAAUCACUGCUAUCACAUUGAGUUCGAUUACAUUUAAAGUGCACGAUGGAUAUCCUGAUCUCGAUGACGGCUUUGGUCCAACGCCAUCGGCACAUUUAUUCAAACCAGAUGGUCGACGACAUCCACAUGCUCAUGACUUCUAUAAACCUUCUUUGAAAAUCACUACGAAUCGUAUGGGUACUUUGAUCAAAACCGGUCCUAGCUGGCCGGCAACUCUUGCUAUUGGUGAUUUUGUUGCUCUGGACCGUCGUGAAACUGAUGCUACGAAUGCUGUUAAUAUCUUCGAUUGUAUUGGCUCAGUGACCUUUGAAUAUAUCACCAUGCUCAGUUCGCCUUCUCUUAGUUUUGUUGGUCGUUAUAAUCUCGAUGUCGUUAAUUUUCGCCGUGUUACUUUACGACCUGGACCGCGAAUAGAAAAUUGUGACAUAUCUCAUCAAGGUGAUGAUUCUCUUAAUGUACAUGGACCUUUUCUCAAGAUUACAAAUGUACUCUCGAACACACGCUUUCAGUUUACCCAUCCACGUCCUUAUUCCUUUCUCCACCCUACAAAGACUGGUGAUACUGUACGUCUACAAGCUAAUGGCAACUUCAAUUUGAUCGGAGUGGCGAAAUUUGCUUCUUAUAAGUUAGUGAAUACGAGUGAUGUAGUCACUACAUAUGAAAUCAAUCUUUUAACUUCACCUACCAUCCCUCUUGCUGUGGAUCAAUGGUUUGACAUUCCUGAAUUGAACAGUCCUGAUUAUUUGGUUCGUGAUAGUUAUUUUCAUGAUCAUCGCGCACGUGGCUUGCGUCUCAUGGCGAGUAAUGGUCUCGUCGAACGAAAUCGUUUUGAACGACUUACUAAAUGUGCUGUUUUAGUUGGUCCCGAAUUUGGAUAUUGGCCCGAAGCCGGUUGGCUUAUCAGCAUAUUUGUUCAUACGGACAAACAAUCGACUCCAUACCCAAAUGAUCAUAGCAACAUUGUUAUUGAAAAUAACCUCAUUCAAGAAGUAUCAGUCGCAGGUAUUCAUGCUUAUGCUGUCAAUGGUCUUACGAUACGUGGUAACAAACUUUUUCACACAAAUCUUGUUCGUGGUCCAGGUACAGACACUUCUACUGGUCUUGUAACUACUGAACCAAUUUCUGUUUCUGCUGCUGUCAAUGUCACCCUCGAAGAUUAUCAUAUUCUUCAAUAA